AUGGAAGAUGUCCUCGAACCCUGGCUCGUAAACGACAUUCCCGUUGAGCUACACCAGGGCCGAGAUUGGUUACAAACCCGCAUUGAACGGAAGCUGCAAGGCCUUCCCCCAGAGCCACAAGGCGUGUGGUCGGGGCUGUACGCAGAUAGUGGAAGCUUCCUCGACGUCACACCUUUAGAAUUGGAACCCGGCAAGCAUCCUCGUCUGCAAAUCUCACAGGUAUCUCCACUUCGGCUCUCUGAUGGUAAAUACUUCGUCGAAGCUAAUGUCACACCUACGUGCUUGCAAGACCUCGCCGCUCGCUACCCAUUGCUGUCGUCCAGUAGUGUGCUAGAGAGUCAGCACAUUCUCUCCAUCCGAAAAUUCUCUAUCAGGUGGAGCUCCUGGGGCCCGUCUGAUCAAGCACUUCGUCUCAUCGUUCACGCGGCGGAUCUUGAACCGCUUAGUCUCCAUGUCAUUGGCGCUUACGAGCUCCAGCCCCUGGUAUCGAACCCGAUCAUUGUGAAAGUCUUGGAGAAAUUAAAAGAGACCAGGGAAACAGAAGAGAGGAUUUUCCGUACGGAGGAGCCUGAUCCAGAUGCCGAAAUGGGCCGUGAAAAGUCGAACAACGAACGCAACAUUGAUGUGAGCUCAAUCGGCACUCAGGGCUCUACCACUCAGAAUGAUACGACAUACUUUGGUACGCAAUCUGUGCCGUUCAACAAUAACACGUCCCUUGGAACUAUAGGAAAGCCCAAAGGGACCGAGGCGACGGCCGAGAAGGUGCAGCCGUCUCAGCAUGCGCAGGUACCAAGAUCAGAUAGCGACCGGAAGACUGCUUUGCUUGCGCUACUCGAACGAAACAAGAAGCCACCUGUUGGAGGCCAGCAGUCUGCUAAUCCAAAAGAUGAAUCUCGAGCCUCAAUCCCAGAUAACAAGGUUGAACAACCACACGGGGGUCAGGCGAGUUUAGCCAAGGACACUGAAUCAUUGCCAAACUCAAACCAUCAGGAUCCUGCAAGCAAACAAAAGCCAGACUGUGACUCUACAUCAGGCGACGAUCAAAUUGUUGAUGGAAACCUAGAUCAACCAACCGUUCCGAGUGACGCCCAUUUCAAGCCAGCAUGGAUGGUGGGUUGGACUUUCAAUGCUACAACUACGGAAGUCUCGAGAGAACAGGCCAAGUUGUUGGCUAUGCCUCAGACGUGGCACAAGCCGGAACCAGGCUCCAGAUAUCCUGUGGGCAACAUACCGAUCGAGAUAUAUAAUGAAAUUGCUGAACAGAUUGCCGCCUCUGACCAAGGAAAAGAAACUACUGAGGAAGACCCAACUUCCGACGAAGCAGACCAUGACGAUGAUCAAGGUGCACAGCCUGAUAUUGACGAGGACAUGGAAGGCUCGGAAGCAAUGGUCAUCGAUGAUGAUAGUGACGACGAUGACGAAUCAAUUGACGAUAUGCCCUCGAGCGCUAUUCCUUGGUCGUCAUCCCCACCUCCCCCCGAGGCACCACCAAUGCCUCAGAUGCUUCAGAUACGCAGACCGGCGCUUCCACCGGACUCUAGUUUUGAGGCAUCCAUACAGACGCGAGAGGCUGAGCGCAUAAAUCAAAAAAGCAUACCACCACGUACUCCCUCGGUCCCAACCCCUAUAGAUGUGCUACCCCCUGCAUCAUCGCCACCAGGUGUACCUCCAAUCGAAUCGGAUAAUGAUGAAGACAUGGUGCUCGAAGUACCGCAAGGUUUGGGUGAAGACACUAUACAAGCCUCCGGCCGCUUACAACCUGUCAUAAAGACGCAGGACCAAGGUGUGCCUAAGGAAUCAAUCCCACAAGCCACAAUCCAAGUCAAGGAAACCCCUUACUCAAAGGCGAAAACUGGCACUACUACUAAUGAGCCCAGCCACACAUCGUCUGCACCAGACCACGACUCGAGUGGAGAAACCAAGAACACGUCUUCUACCUCGGUCGUUCCUGGGACUUAUCAAGAACCGUCUUCGUCUCACGAGAAUGUUUCACUCAUCCCUGCUCCAGGCACGGAACAGGCUGUCGACGAUGAGAAUGCGGAUGAUUACAUGGAUAUUGACGAGGAUCUGGCCAUGAAUGAAGUGCCCAUUCACAAUAACGAGGCCGAUACCAUCUCCCAUAUUGAAGUGGCCAGGAGCUCUCCUGUUAUUCAUUCCGACGAAAGAGUAUCACCGGAUCAGCCUGAUACAUCCAAAGCCAAUGCCCAAGACAUCUUGUCCAAGAGAAAGCUUUCCGAAUCCCCAACAAAAUCUGAUUUUCACAAAGCAAAGAAGAGACAGAAAGAGAUUAAGGUCCGUCUACUUGAUUUCAAGUCGCGGCCACCUCCCACUCAAGAGUUGGCCGAGUCUUUUGACGAGGAUAGGAAGGCUGCGACGGACAGGAUCAGGGAUGACCGCAUCAGACAUAUCAGCGCGGUCACUCUGCCAGAUGCAAAUGGAUCGGAGCAACCUGAAGACUCGGAGAGCGUCAUGCAGAUUGAUAUGGAAUCUGAACUGAAUCGAACGAUCACGACGUCAGUGCGAAAUGUGGAAAACAAGCAACAAGCCGCCGAUCCUGAUUACAGCCCAAGUGCAUCCCCUCGCCCCUAUGGCCACCCGAUCCGGUCUACUCCUAGGACCCUUCACGCGACAGGUGACAGCUUUGUAUACAAUUCUCCAGGAGGAAACAUCGAAGAGGGCUCUCCUAUAUUCUUUGACCCACCAGGUGAUAGCAGAGCACCUUCAGUACCAGCGGCACAGAAACCAUCAACCCCCGAACCAAGACGACAAGUUCAGCUGCCCACUCAUCCUGCCAAGCCUACUGAAGGUGUAUCUAGCCUGCUGACCACUAUGCCAUCCACACAACAGCAAUCUUCGAAUGCUGUCUAUGAAGCAUUCAAGAAAGCAUAUCCAGAAUACAAGGCAGAUCUGAAGCACUUCACCAAGCUAUGCACAGAGAUGUAUGAGCUAGAACAACGUGAUCAGAUGGUACCUAAGUAUCAGUGGGAUGACUACCUGAUCAGACACCGAACAGAUUACAAGAAAUUUAUGCAGCAAUGGAUUGCGGACGACAAUGAUAUCGAAGACAUUGAGCCAUACCAUCGGUUCUACAAGAACACUAUAGAGGACGUGAUCUACAAGAAGGGGGUUGUGAAAGACGUCGAUACGCUCGAACGCGUCGUGACCCCGCACAAGAUCGACUGGGAUGAGCGCAUUGCAAUAUCGGAAUACCGUACAGCUGGACUCCCCCUGCCAGCAAAUAUAACGAAAGAACUGGAGAAAGAAGAUGGUGUGCAAUCUGGGAACGACGCCGUAUAUUCUCCGAUGGCUAGACAGGACAGCCUGCCGAGGUCAGAACAGUUACGGGUUCCAAUGACAUCGGAGCGAUCCCCCAGGACUAGACGCAGUCUUCCUUGGACACCCAGCCAACCGGGUACGCCCUCCAUGUAUAGUUCACCAUCUGCCGGACAAAAGCUCCAACACGGUCGGGCUUCGGAAUUGAGAUCGAAUCUGAGGCUACAACAGCCAAACGUAUAUAGCUCCCCCGCCGCGAGGCAAGAAGGACAUCGUUCAUCUAGUCGAGGUCAACCAGCAAAUGUGUCGUUACAAGACGCAACUGCAUCUGAACUGCUGCCGGAGGCCUCAUCGACCGGAAACGCAUUCCGGGACUUCUCCUUCGGCUUUCAGAGACUGACUUCUUUCACCGGCUUGAUGAAGGCAACGAAAGAUGAUCACCCCCACAAUGUGGCAUCAAGACCUUCCAUCGAGCAGAAAAGAAACUUCAAUGUGCUGGAUUGGUCACACGAUCGCUGCUAGGGCAAGUAGCAUUCCUUACGAACAUGUCCUUCCGGAAUCUUUACGCUUCGUACAAUAUGUGCGUCUUAGGAUUUUCUCGAGUUCGAUUCAAGACGAUUUUGUUGCAUUUGCGGGGUGUUGCUGGGCGGUGUUUCACAUGUAUUAUCUAUUCCCAUGCUUCCCUCAGGAAGCUGUUUUACCUCUAUCAUGAUACCCAAUUGAGUCCCCGUUCGGGACGAAAAAGCAAUAGAACGGGUUUCAAUGUAGC